AUGUCGAUCUCGAUUCUCGAGGCCUGCAAGAAGAGGAAGCGUAGGCCAAAGCUUUACGGGUUUCAGAACUUCGGAGAUCCUGGUUGCCCCAUCGACCCCAAGGGCGCGUUCCGCGACAAUAUCCGGCUCUUUCUUCAAGAAUGCGCCGAUCUUCAUGAAAACGACAUCCACGCCAUGCCCACCUGGUGUACCCUCCUCGUGCACGAGACCAGGAAAUUCGUUGUCCCUCUCUACACCUUUGAAGAGGACGUCAAGUGCUCUCCGAGGCCGCCCUACUGUGAUCACUGUCGAUGCGCAGGUUGGAGUAAUCAUUUUGUAUCGAAACGAAAGUAUCAUUUGAUAAUUCCAGCGGAUGAAGAUUGGAAUAAGCCUCUGGAUGAUGACCUCAUUGAUCUCCAGAACCAUCUGUUGCAUGGUCUGAUACACUGCAAUGGGUUUGGUCAUUUGAUCUGCAUUAAUGGAAUUGAAGGAGGUUCUAAGUAUCUGUGUGGCAGAGAAAUCAUGGAUUUGUGGGACCGAAUUUGCACAAAUCUUGGAACCCGGAAAAUAACAGUUGAGGAUGUAUCAAAGAAGAGGUCGAUGGAUCUUAGGUUACUCUAUGGUGUUGCUUAUGGACACUCUUGGUUCGGUAGAUGGGGGUACAGAUUCUGCCGAGGAAGCUUUGGAGUGGCAGAGCACAAUUAUGAUAGAGCCAUUGAAGUUCUUAGCUCAUUGGAACUUGACAAGACCAUCCAAGAUUUUAGUACCAUGGAAAAACGCAGAGAAAUCAAGCAACUAAUUCUUCACUACAGAUAUAUGAGCGAAACCCAGCUGGUAACAAUCAAAGAUCUUCUGAGGUUUAUGCUGACAAUCAAGUCUCGUGCCCCUCUACAAAUAAACAAACCUGCUGCUGCUCCUCCAACUUCCAAUUCAAAACCUUCAAUCCGGAACAAGCCUUUGGUGAAGGAAAAAUCAUUGAAGUAUAGAAGUUUCACUGCACUUGCCAAUAUGGAUAGCAGAUGGCCUGCAAGGAGACUAGAAUAUGCUGCAGAAGUGAUUGUAAAUGCAUUAAAAGUGAAGAAAGAAGGCAAAUUCUGCCAUGGUGGGAUGACUAGGCAAGAUCUGAGAGAUGCAGCCCGGCUUCACAUUGGUGACACUGGUCUGCUGGAUUAUGUGCUAAAAUCAAUGAACAAUGUUGUUGUGGGAAAUCACAUUGUGUGUCGUACUGUUAACCCAACAACUCGGAUUUUGGAAUACUCAAUCAAUGAGCUUGGAAAUGAGGCCAUCUCUGAACCAGAGAUAGAAUUACUUCCAAAGCCCCUUCCAGCAUCGACUCUAGUUCCAGGCUUUGAUGUACACAGUGAUUUGGUUGCUGUAUAUAAGAACCUACUACUGGAUUACAAAAAGUUAAAUUUGGUCGAAUUAGCAACUCAGGUAGUUCUGGACAGCAAGCAUUUUGUGAAGGAGUGGCCAUUUACUGAUGAAGCAGAUCAGUAUCUGAGAUUUAUUUGCCGACUGUUGCCAAGUUUUUACGAUAUAGAAACUGAAUUAAAUGGGAAGUUUCCACCUGGGGAAAUCGUUGUAGUUCCACUGCAUGCAACAGUUGGAGAGUUGAAGCAAGCGGUGGAGAAUGCACUGAGGGACACGUACUGUAUAACUGAAGGAUUUUUGGUGAUAGAGAUAAAAGAGCUGGAGGAAUUGGAGGACGGGGAAGUGCUGUUUGGAGCGGUAGAGUCGGGUGUGGAACUGUGUGUGAGAGGGAGAGGGAUAGAUUUGGAGAAUCGUUUGAGAUACCAAAGUGGGGCUGACACUUGGAUGGUGAGAUGCGAAUGUGGGGCUCGAGAUGAUGAUGGGGAGAGGAUGGUGGCAUGCGACCUUUGUGAGGUGUGGCAGCACACUCGCUGCUGUGGCAUUGAGGACACUGAGGCUGUUCCACCGCUGUUCGUGUGCUCAGGGUGCUGUGUCUCACUUGGGACACUAAAAACUGAAGCUUCCUGUGCUUUUGAGUGUUCUGAUACUUUGCUCAUGUCUACAGACACUUUUGGACUCGAGCUUGGGUAUUAAGCUUGGUGCUGUGAAAUGCCGUGAUCAUGACUCAUGA